AUGUCUCUCCAAUGCGCCGCGGGAGUCCACGGUUUCUUCUGGCCCAAAAUAUUUUGGGACUUUCUGACAAAGAACCUCGAUGGAGCCGUAAAGCCAGUUCCUGUCCUGCAGAUUCUCAAUGUGUUGUUCGGAAUCCUAUCUCUAGCCUGGGAAUGGCCGUUGAAACCCCUCGCUGGAACUGCGAUACAUCGCAGCAUUGAAAUACGAUUGUUGUCUGCCCUGAGCCAUGGACAUUGCCCAGGAGACGCCUUGGUUUACUCUAUUGCACCACCCUUAUCGUGGAUUUUCGACCUGGCUGCCCUUGGAUAUAAGCUGGCAAUAAUACUUGAUGGCGUUGGAGCGACUGAAGAAAAGGAAAUGGACCUCAUCGCGACCCCCAGUGGUCAGAUUAGAAUCAGACGCUCCUCUUAUAUCCAACAGACAACUUGA